AUGUUGUUCAGACAUGUUGAAGCAUCAUCAUCAUCACCAUCACCACAGAAGAAUCAGUCUCAAGGUUCACUGGAUUCAUUCCUCUACAAUUACGCCCUCAACUCCAUACCAAAACCUCGUACAGGCCAGGUGUACGAGGUUUCGUCUCCCGCCAACUUCUCGGGCGUGGGAGUCUCACUCCUCCGCCUCAGGGCCCACAGCCUGUGGAAGAACGGAGCCAACCUCAGCUCCAUCGAAAUCCCACCAAAGGCGGCGCUGCCAUUUCCCUUCACAAGAAGAGUUGACUUAGUCAAACAAGACCUCGGCAAUUGGUCAACUUCUUACUACAAUAUUGUCCCAAACUACACGCUAGUGGCUCCGGUCGUAGGCCUGCUGGUCUACAACUCUGACGCGGGUCCCACGAGCACCAGGCUCGUGGGGCUCGAAAUGCGAGGGGACAGUGUAAUCACUGUGUCCUUCCGCAAUGUUUCACUCAAUCAGUACGACGCGGCGAGCCUGAGGUGCGUCAGGUUCGCCGCGGACGGCACGUUGCAGCUCAGCAACGUGUCGGGCGGCGGCAGCACGUGCGUGUGGCGGAGCGACGGCCACUUCUCGAUCUUCGCUCCGUUGAACAUGAAGAAGAAUAAGAAGAAGGGGAAGGAGUCCGAGGUGAAGUGGUGGAUGAUCGGAAUCCCUGGCGGCGUCGCUGCGGCGGCGGUGUUGGUCGCCGGCGGCGGAAUUUUGUGGUGGUGGAGAAGUGUGAGGAAAAUGGAGAGAAUUGCGGAGAGAAGUGAAGGUUUGAAUUCAAUUUGGAUUGGAAGUAGCAGAAUGCCAACAGCAACAGGUAUCAGAACACAGCCAAAUCUUGAAAAUAGCUAUAUUCCAUAA